AUGGCCAACCAGUUCGCUGUUUACCCGAGGAAUUGCCAAGGUGGCGACGGCGGUAUAUCUGCACGCAUGGGUGGACGGACCGUUCCCGUGGGCAAGGUGUCCGACCUCAGCGCCAGAUCCGAUCAACUGCUUGUCCGUUUCGAUUAA